AUGGCGGAGGCGGCGGCGACGACGGGUUGCGGCGGCGACAAGCUCAUCCUGCGCGGCCUGCAGUUCCACGGCUUCCACGGCGUCCUGAAGGAGGAGCAGACGCUGGGACAGAAGUUCGUCGUCGACAUCGACGCCUGGAUGGACCUCACCGCCGCCGGUGAGUCCGACAGCAUCGCUGACACCGUCAGCUACACCGACAUCUACGGGUGGGUAGUGGAAAGCCAUGCUCUCCUCUCAAACCCUAGUGAAUGCGAAAUCACUGAGGACGGUGAGAAAGGCUACCCCGGUUUACAAGAAGCUGAAAAGCUGCCUUGCCGCGGUGGCAGUUCUCAAGACUCAACUCUGAACUCUGAACCCGGCGAAGAGUUGGGGCUCCACGGCCUGCUGAAGAUCAUUGCAAUUAUGGUUUUCUUCCUUCUGGUGAUUGCUUUUUAUGCAUUCUUCGCACCAUUUCUAGGCAAGCAAGUCCUUGGAUAUGUUGUAGUCGGUAUCUAUACUACUGUGGUGUUUUCUGUCUUCAUCCUUUAUAUCCGCUGCACUAGUAUAAACCCUGCAGAUCCUGGAAUCAUGUCAAAGUUUGACAGUGGCUUCAUCGAUGCACCUGGAAGUACUGCCAACAUACAGGGCACGAAUUUGCCAACAAAAGCUGAUAUUGGUGCUGGAACAACCUCCCCAACAGCAACAUCUACUUGUAGGAACUCUCUAGACGGGCGUUCUAACACUGGUGGUUUAGCUGCUGGAGACACGAAUCAGGAUUUAAGGUCUCAGCCACCAAGAAGUUCAAGGAGCUGCUUACUUGGAGGGCUUGUUUGUGCUUUGUUUGUGAAGGAGGAUUGUAGGAAAUUCGAUGAUUCAGAGAAUCAAGUUGAUGGGGAAGACGCCUUGUUCUGCACGUUAUGUGAUGCCGAGGUUCGCAAAUUCAGUAAGCAUUGCAGAAGUUGUGACAAGUGUGUGGAUGGAUUUGAUCAUCACUGUCGGUGGCUAAAUAACUGUGUUGGACGGAAGAACUAUUUCACGUUUCUUGCUCUGAUGACUACUAGUCUCCUUUGGCUUGCUAUUGAAAUUGGAGUAGGCAUUGCUGUUCUUGUUAUAUGCUUUGCCAACAAGAAUUCAAAGAGAAUUAUUCAAGACAGGCUUGGGAAUGGCUUGCCUCGGCCUGCCUUUGCUACCAUUGUAGCCUUUUUUACUCUUCUUUCUCUAGUCGCUUGCAUACCUUUAGGGGAACUUUUCUUCUUCCACAUGAUCUUAAUCAGAAAGGGGAUCACAACUUAUGAAUAUGUCGUUGCAAUGAGAGCUAUGAGUGAAGCACCUCAAGAGGAAGAGGACGAGGAGGGGCUAAACAUUGUUUAUUCCCCAACAAAUUCAGCUACCACUGCAUUCAGUGGUGCUAGUGCACUUAGUCUGCACUACAAGGGUUCAUGGUGCACACCUCCAAGGAUUUUUGUUGAUCAGGAUGAAGUGAUUCCACAUUUGGAGCCAGGGAUGGUACCUUCAACCAUUGAUCCUGAUACUGCUGGACAUGCUGAAAGAGCCAACAAAGCCAAGAAGCAAGUCAAAAUCAGUGCCUGGAAGCUUGCAAAGCUGGACAGCAAUGAGGCGAUGAAGGCUGCUGCUAAAGCCCGGGCAUCAUCGUCUGUCCUCCGACCUAUUGAUACCCGCCGGGUUCCAGGUGCUAGCCCUAGCUCUAGUGGCAAUGCCAGCAUGAGAAGCAGCAUGAGUGCUGAUUACAGCGCCAGUGGCACCAAGGAAAGGGGGGCUGGUAUGAAGUUGUUGUCUCUUCAGAGUUCCUCGUAUCCUCAGAGCCUUGCAAGCCAGGACGACUAUGAGUCGGGCACGCAGAGUGCUAGCAGCAGAAGCAGCCCGGUCCAGAUUCACAAACCCGCACCUCACACUCAGAUCAACGUGCCACCUCGUGUGCCUCCAGCACCUCCAAGGCCUGCGCCGGCCGUACCGAGGCCACAUGUUCCAACCACGCAGAUAUCCAAGCCAAUGUUCCAGUCAGCAACAUCUUAUGUCCGUGAGAACCGAAAAGCCUCGGUUGUUUGGGAUCAAGAGGCUGGUCGGUAUGUGUCAGUUGCACCCGCGACAAGGCCAGUAGCUGGUAGUGGUCUUGAUCAACCAGCAAGAGGACCGCAUUUCUUGACAAACCCAGAUAGCGAGCCAAGCAAUCACGGGAGAACCCUCUCACCCAUGAAUGCUCCUUCCUCAGCAUUGCCAUCUGGACAGCCGUCCGAGAGGUUGACAUACACUGGGCAGUCGAUAUUCUUUGGUGGACCACUUCUAGGUGCUGCUGCUGCUGCUGAUCCUCAGAGGAAUGAUGCUGCCGCAGGCGCACGGCCGGAAACAAGGAGGGAUGGCACUAGGGGAGAGAGGAGACGAACUGCGGAGUCCUUCCCGGUGUUUGCUCCAGGAUCCUUUCAGAAGAACCCGCCGUUCAACGGGUGA